AUGCCUCUGCUUGCUUCGUCCCCUCCGAGGCUUCCCUGGCAAUUCGUGAUACUGGCCAAUCAGAAGGCUUCAAGGUUAGCAAAAAGAGGCCACUCUCCUGUGUUGCUUCAGAUUUGUCAUUCGUGUUUCUUCCAUUUCUUCCCCAAUUUCCCAUCCCAGAUCUUCCAUGGCAGCGAGACACUCGGCCCUGGCGCUGAAGGAGUCCCACUCCACAAUCUCUCCAUCAACUCCAUCUCGUCUAUUAUCGAACCCACAACGCCUCCGUCUGCCGGUUCGGGCACAACAAACUCGAAGCUCUGGGACAAUGCUAGGCUCAAUGGCCACUUGGCGUUGCCCUCGUUCAAUUUGGACAAGGAGCUGAGCAACCAGGGCCACGUUCAAGCCCAUGGCCGUCACCUUUCGAACUCUGAUCUGCCCUCGCUGGUGCUGUCUUCAUCCGUUCACCUGGUUUCGCCUCCAGCGAAAAUCGAUAAGGACUACUUGGCUCUGCUCAACAAGGUUCCGUUGCUGCACUUGCACGGCCAGAUCUUGCGCUUGGCCAAGGACCAGUACGGGUGUCGCUUUCUCCAGAAACGCCUUGACGAGAACGUUGUUGCGAGCGAGCUGGCGAGAAUGGCCAAUUUCGAGUUGAUUUUCAAGGAAGUGCACCUGCUGAUGUAUGAGCUCAUCAUUGAUCCCUUUGGCAACUACCUCAUGCAAAAGUUGGUGGACUACUGCCUGGAGGCCGAUCUUGACUUGGUGUUAGAGGUGUUGGACAACAACUUGUUUCUGAUUUCCAUCAACCAGCAUGGAACAAGGGCCUUGCAAAAGGUUAUUGACCACAUGUCCAAUGCUCACCAGCUAUCUCUCUUGAUGAAGGGCUUGAAGCCGUACAUUAUUGAGUUGAUCAAGGACUUGAACGGGAAUCAUGUUAUACAAAAGAUUUUGAACAAAUACCCUCCUGACAAUUGCCAGUUCAUCUAUACUUCAAUCAUUGACGAUAUCUUGGUUGUGGCCACCCACAAACACGGGUGCUGUGUGCUCCAGAAGUGCUUAAAUCACGUCAACCCUUCACAACUCUCUGCAUUUUCCGAAAAGAUCUUGCAAUACAACGUGUUUACGGUGCUCGUGAAUGACCAAUUUGGCAACUACGUGUUACAGUAUCUCAUUUCCAUCGACUCUGUUGAUGUGAACUACGGGCUUUUCAACAACUUUGUCAAAUACGGCAUUAACGAAUUGUGCAACCUCAAAUUUUCCUCUAAUGUGGUUGAAAAGCUCAUGAAGAAUUGCUACCACAAUGAGGCGAAGCUGCUCAAAUUCACCGAGUUGAAGUUCUCCAUCAUCUCCUCCAUCCUACACACCGAUCUCAACAAGUUGAUCAAUGACCCCUACGGAAACUACGUGAUUCAGACGUUGAUAGACAUUUUGAUCAACCCUAACGUAUCAUAUAUUGUUGACCUGGCCUCCGGAGAGAAACGGCUCUUGCCCUCAUUGCAGCAGCUCCUUCCCCAAAACUCCAAUUUCAGUUUUGACUCAUUGCAAGUGCAGAUCAUCAAGCAUUGGUUUCAGAACUGCAAGAUCGUGUCAUCCUUUGGUAAGCGUAUUCAACUGAAAAUUAACAUUGUGUUGAAUGGCGUUUCUAAAAGCUCGGGCCGCAAGUACCUGCUGCUGAACCAAGGCAAUAUGAUGUUCUCCGGCGCAACUGUGCCAAACCAGAACAUGAAUGCGAACGGAGAGUUUGUUCAAACGAGAGUACCAAUGGCUACUACUUAUCCAAUGCAAAACUCAGCUGUUCAUCACGAUUGGGGAUAUCCUUCGCGUGGCUACAAUAAUGGUGGAUACCAAAGAAGCAGCCGUCCCUCUACACAGCAGUAUUACGAGGGAUACGCUGCGAGCCUCAAUAAUGGGCUUGGUCCAUCCCCAGUGCCAAGAGACACCACGGCAUCUUUCGAAUCACUUGUAAAUCCAAGUCUCUCAGCCACAGCGCUGUUAGCAAAUUUGCAUAUAUCGGGCCCCAACAAAGCUCCGAUCGAUCAAUCUCCUGUAUCAUACAAUAAUGCCCACCAAUCCAUACCAAAAUUCAUUUCUAACGAUUUCACGAACAACACUGGCGGCCCAUCCAUGGGCAACUCAGGCGUCAUGGCUACGGCGCACCCUGUGUUUGACGGACACUAUGCUCCUAGGCCAGACUACUCCAAGCGCUCCAACGACGCCGGCAUGAAGCGGUACCUGAACCCCAUGAAUGUUUACUCUGGAUUCAAUAACCAGGGUUUUGUACAGGGCCAUCAGAGCAAUGCUUCGCCAGGCAAUUUCAACUUCUUCAGAGGAUGA